UUAUCUGCAUGUUAAUUUAAAGAUGGUGUAGAAAUGCUUAAAAAUAGGUUUCGGAAAAUUGCCUUUUUUCCGUUGGCUAACUUAUUUUGACAAUGUUGAUUUCUUCUUGUCAGUCUUUUUGGUCUGAAACUCCAUCAGAAGCCAUGUCACCAGCCAUCUCCAGAACUGCUGUAGGGGAGAUAAACCAUCGCUGGAGCCAACUCAAGUUCCGCCUUCAGUAUAGAAAAGGAUGGAACGAAAUGCUGGAUGAGACCUUCCUCAUGCAGAACAAAAAAGUAAAUGACAUCCCCCUGUUUUCCGCCACUAAGGAGAAUAAUGCAGCCUGUAUAAAGAAACUGCUUGACUGUUCAUCUACAAAUAUCUUUGAGAGAGGUGAACUUGGAGAGACGGCUCUGCAUGUUGCUGCCAUGAAUGAUAAUUUUGAUGCAGCUGUGGCUUUGAUGGAAGGAGCGCCGGAGCUCAUCAACGAGCCCAUGACCUCUGAACUCCACCAAGGUUUAACUCCCCUUCACAUUGCUGCUGUUAACCAGAAUGUUAACUUAGUAAGGGAGAUGAUAGCAAGAGGAGGUGAUGUGGCAUCGCCCAGGGUCACAGGCAUGUACUUCCGCAAAAGAAGAGGAGGGCUUCUGUACUUUGGUGAGCACAUCCUGGCAUUUGCGAGCUGUGUGGGUAAUGAAGAAAUUAUAACCAUGCUGAUAAAAGCUGGGGCUAAUGUCAGGGCCCAGGAUUCCCUCGGUAAUACCAUUCUUCAUCUGUUGGUUCUGCACCCAAAUAAAACAACUGCAUGUCAGGUUUUUGAUCUGCUGAUGUCAAAAGAUGCAGAUCUGGACCCUGCUAUCCCUUUAGACAUGGUACCUAACUACAGAGGCCUCACACCGCUCAAACUCGCUGCGAAGGAGGGCAACCUCAUGGUUUUCCAGCAGAUUGUCAACCGCAGGCGGAUUUUUCAGUGGAGUCGGGGACCAUUGUCCUCCAACCUUUACGACCUCACUGAGAUUGACUCCAGGGAGGAUGACCUCUCAGUGCUUGAGAUCAUUGUCAGCAGUCAGAAAGCAGAGGCCAGAAGGAUUCUUGAGUUGACUCCAGUUCGAGAGCUUGUCAGACUGAAGUGGAAUCUGUAUGGCAAACAUUACUUCAGGUUGUUGACAAUGGUGUACCUGCUGUAUAUCAGCAUAUUCACUUUGUGUUGUUUAAACCGUCCCCUGAAGGACAUUCCUGAGAAUUACACCAAAGCAGACAACGACCAUACCAUUAAAGUGCAGAAAAGCUUAAAGGAGAGCUAUCAGACCUAUAGCGAUCACCUGCGUUUAAUUGGAGAAAUUAUCAGUGUCAUAGGAGCCAUUGUGAUUCUGCUGAUAGAGAUUCCCAGUGUUUUGAAAAUGGGGGCUAAACGCUAUUUUGGACAGUCUGCUCUCGGAGGACCCUUCCAUGUCACUUUGGUUAUCUACGCGAGUCUGGUUGUGAUUUUGUGUGUGCUGCGGACCACUGAAAUUGCAGAAGAGCUUGUGCCAAUGGCUUUGGCUUUGGUUCUCGGCUGGUCCAAUGUUUCGUACUUCGCCCGAGGUUUUCAGAUGCUGGGACCCUACGUCAUUGUGAUUCAGAAGAUAUUAUUUGGCGAUAUGACAAAGUUCAUGUGGUUAUUACUUGUCAUCCUCAUUGGAUCCUCUGCCGGUUUGUGGGUCUUUUACGGGACUCAAGAACCUUUAGCUGUUUCGUUAUACCGUUCGUUCCCCAUCACCCUCUUCAGUCAGUUUGAGGUGAGCAUCGCUCUGGUUGACUUGCCGGUGGACCCUACGCUCUACACCCAUCCAGUGGUGCACUGUAUCUACGUAUGGUUUAGUGUUGUUGCUUACACUCUCCUGUUCAACCUCAUAAUUGCCAUGAUGAGUGACACGCUGUGGAGGGUCACCCAGGAGCGUGACGAACUCUGGAGGACCCAGGUGGUGGCCACUACUCUGAUGCUGGAACGGAAGUUACCACUGCGCCUAUGGCCAAGAUUGGGCAUCUGCGGUGAGGCAUUUGGCCUUGGAGAACGCUGGUUCCUCCGAGUGGAGGAUCGCAACGGAUCAACGAUGCGAAAGAUGAAACGCUUCAUUAAUGUGUUCUCCAAGGAUGAAGAACCAGCUAAGGAGGAGGAGGAUACAGGCAAUAGUGAGCCUAGAAAUGAUCUACUGCAAACAGAUUUAACAGUGCAAAACAAGCCUAAACCCCUAGGUAGACAGAUGAAAAACUGGCUGCUAAUUCGGAAGAGUUUAAACUAUGAAAAGGAAGAAAGUGUGGAUUCCCCAGAUGUCAAGUAUUUCUAA